AUGAGGUGGGGGUGCACGGCAACAACCAGGAAACAAACGCUGGCUUUUACCAGCGACACCAAGGCCCGAGGCCUCAGGAUGAGCAUAGCCCAGGAACCACAACUGGCUUCUCCGCUGGCGGACCCAGGCACCCGAGACUCGCGCUUUGGCCCCAUCACCGUUGGCUGCAGGCAGGCAAGCAGGCAAGGCGGCGCGUCCCCGCCUUCCCCGGCCGACGCAGUCCUGACCUGCCCGGGAGCUGCCUCGGACCUGGGAGCUGCCUCGGACCUAUCCGGGAUCUAG